UCAGCGAGUGUUUCCAUUGACCGCACCCCCGGCAUAUGCCGACUGCUCCUUAACACCCCCCCUCCGCCAGCCCAGACUCAGCUGACUCUCCCCAAUUCUGUCCCCGCCAGGACUGCUGGACUCGCCGUCCCACGACCUGCCCGACAGCCGGGACAGCUCGCCAUCGCCGCCGAGAUGCGCGUCUCCCCGGCCCGUAGGACCGCCGCCGCCCUCCUGCUGCUGCUGCUCUGUUCGGCCGUCAAGGUGCCUGCAGUUUAUGUACAAGGAGCAGAAUUUCUUCCUGAAUUCACAUUGAUCCCUCGGGAAAGUUAUCCCGAAGAAUCAUUGGGAGACCAAACCCUGAGUCCCAAGUCUGAAGAGCAGAGUUGGCGAACAGCCCGCUCAGAGGAGGACGUAGGCUCACAGUGGGAUGCCUGGGGUCAGUGGAGUGAGUGCUCGCGGACCUGUGCUGGAGGUGCCUCAUACUCACUGCGGCGAUGUCUGAGCAAUCGAAAUUGUGAUGGGCAGAAUAUCCGUUACAGGACAUGCAGCAGUGUGGACUGCCCCCCUGAAGCUGGGGAAUUUCGUGCACAGCAAUGUUCUGCUCACAACGACGUCAAGUACCAGGGCCAGUACUACGAAUGGCUUCCUGUCUACAAUGACCCUGAGAAGCCCUGUGCAUUGAAGUGUCUGGCAAAGGGAACAUCACUGAUCGUGGAACUGGCACCAAAAGUGCUUGAUGGCACCCGGUGUUACACUGAGACUUUGCACAUGUGUAUCAGUGGAAACUGCCAAGUUGUUGGCUGUGAUCACCAGUUGGGAAGCAGCGCCAAGGAAGAUAACUGUGGAAUCUGCGACGGAAAUGGCUCCACUUGUAGACUUGUGCGAGGACAAUACAAAUCUCAACUAUCAUCGAAUAAGUUGGAUGACACCAUCAUUGCCAUUCCAUAUGGAAGUCGACAUGUCCGAAUUGUACUCAAAGGCCCAGACCAUCUGUAUUUGGAAACAAAGACUCUUUUGGGCCAGAAAGGGGAGAACAACCUCAGCACACCCGGACCCUUCAGCAGUGUAAACACCAGCUUCGAUUUCCAGAAACUUCCAGACAAGGAGAUCCUGAGAGCAAGUGGGCCACUUGGAGCAGAUUUCACCGUGAUGAUACAACAUAUGGGGAUAGGAGAGAGUGUGGUACAAUUUUUCUUUUACCAGCCAAUCAUACAUCAAUGGAGAGAAACCGAUUUCUUCCCAUGUUCUGUUACUUGUAGUGGAGGGUACCAGCUGACAUCUGCGGAAUGCUAUGACCUGCGUAGUGAGCGUGUGGUAUCUGACCAAUACUGUCAUUAUUAUCCUGAAAACAUAAAGCCAAAGCCCAAGUUGCAGGAGUGCAACAUGGACCCCUGUCCUGCCAGUGAUGGCUACAAACAGAUCUUUCCCUUUGACCACUUCCACCCACUUCCUCGGUGGGAAAGUAGCCCUUGGACUGCCUGCUCAAGCUCAUGUGGAGGAGGUGCCCAGCUCCGCACUGUCUCCUGUGUUGAGGAAGAUAUCAAUGGACAAAUCACCAAUGCCGAGGAGUGGAAGUGCAUGUACAUACAGAAAUUUCCCGUCAUGCAACCCUGUAACCUCUUUGAUUGUCCAAAAUGGUUGUCGCAGGAAUGGUCUCCUUGUACAGUGACAUGUGGACAAGGCCUCAGAUAUCGGGUGGUCCUGUGUAUCGAUCACAGAGGACUGCACGCUGGUGGCUGCAACCCCAAGACAAAACCUCAUGUCAAAGAGGAAUGCACAGUCAUGGUUCCAUGUUAUAAACCCAAAGAGAAACUCCCUGUGGAAGCAAAGCUGCCGUGGUACAAACAGGCACAGGAGCUGGAGGAAUUGCUGGUUGUUUCCGAGGAGCCUUCGUUUAUUCCAGGACCCUGGUCUCCAUGCAGCGCAACAUGUGGGGUUGGUGCCCAGCUUCGGAAGGUCAAAUGCCAGGUUCUGCUGCCCUUCUCACAGUCAGUGGAAGACUUGCCAGAUGAUGAAUGUGAAGGUACCAAACCACAAACCGAACAAGACUGCUACACAGGGCCUUGCAGCAGUGAGGCAGGAGAUUAUGAUCACACAGAGAUGGAUCGACUGUAUGCCAGCCAACAGGAUCUGGAUGAGUUAUAUUCCUGGGAAUAUAGUGGCUUCACGGAGUGCUCAGAGUCAUGUGCAGGAGGUAUUCAGGAGGCAAUUGUCAUUUGCCUCAAUAAACAGACGAGAGAGAGGGCAGAUGAAAGUUUGUGCAGCAUCUUGGUUCGCCCCCCACGGCUGCUUAAAGUUUGCAGGCUGGGUCCCUGCCCUUCCAGGUGGGAACUUGGAAGGUGGAGUGCCUGUUCAUCCAGCUGUGGGGUCGGACUGCAGACGAGAGACGUCUUCUGUACGCACCUCUUAUCUCAUGAAACUAACGAGACCGCGACCAUCGAGCACAAGAACUGCCCACAGUCAAAGCCGGACAACGUGCAAGCUUGCAAUCACAUCAACUGCCCCCCGGACUGGAAUGUGGAGGAGUGGCAACAGGUAUUCACUCUCGUCUGUCUGAAUGAUGAUCUUACACCAAUAAAAGCAACAUUCUGUCCCUUCUGCUUGCGCCAAUCUUUGAAUGAGCUCAAGAGCAACAUCCCUGCUUUUGCCCACUUCUCUACCACUGAUUCACAGCAAGCUUUUUAAAGCUGAUUGUCCUGCCCUCUCAGGUAUGUUUCAGGUCUUAACAAUUGCCUGCAUGCAGAAAAUUCCCCUUGUUAUGUUCUCUCAUGCCAACUACACUGAAUUGGUGACCCCUAGUUACAGACCCAUUUGCCAGAAGACACAAUGUCUCAUCAUCAAAAUCCCAUAUAAUUUGAACUAGCUCAGCUGCAGACUGAUUGUCCUUAUGGCCAAUGCUCUUGGACGAAAGCUCUCCUAUCUCUCUGCAUGACUAAAAGGGCCUUAUCCUUGGGACCGUUCCUGUAAAUCUCUUCCCCAUCCUUCCUGAAGUGCUUUUUUUUCAAAUGUCCUUUGGUACUGCAUUGGGACUAAAGGUCACACAGCAGGAGAUACAUGUGUGUUACAGAAGCACAUCGCUCCUAUAUGCAUUAUAGGUAGAUGGGAUGGAUCGGUGCAGGUAAAGUGCAGUCAUUUCCAUUGCGUGCCUUGAAAUGUUUUAGAACCAGAAAAGAUGAGUGGCAUGUGACCAAUCAGGGAGUGAGGGCUGGAUCACAAUCAAUUACUCGUGGGCUAUGGAUUCAUGACUGAGUGAGGACAAAGAGUACUUAAAUAGCAUCUGCCUUCAGCCAGCAGUGAACACAUGGCAUGAGACCUGCUCUGGCAGUAGCACUUGGAGAUCGAUCUACCAUGCCUGGCAUUCCUGAGGGUGAAAUCUGAAACAGUUCCUCAUGGUCUAUACAGGCAGCUAUAAUGCACAAUCAUUGUUGGAAGCCUUCACACAUGUCAGAGGACUCUGCUGGUUUGCCCAGUGGAUGUACAAGGGACAUGGAGGUAUGUUUAGGGGAGUAGGGGUUGGAUCACUGCCAUCCAGUCUGGACCAGCACGGUCUGACUAAUGCCAAAUAAGAGAGAUGGAGGAGCCAGACAGACAACAGCACCUCCAUUUUAUUUUUAAACUGAUCAGCAGUAUUUUGCCUGGGCUGCUUUUGGAAGAAGAUCAUUUUAUGUAGAAAACCAACUUGAAAAGUGAAUUAAUCUUCAUUGAUUUAGCAUCUUAAUAGUCAAUAGUCAAUCGUACUUUAUUUUUCACAUGUGCAACUGCGCAGCAAAGUUUAUUUGCAUUUAUUACACAAGCAGGCUCCGCCAUUUUUGGUGCCAUUAUUCAAAGUCCAGUCGGCCAUUUUGCUCGAUGUACUGGAGCAGUUCCCGCAAACCGAUGUCCCCGACUUCCACCCUGCUCAUACUUACCUUUUCCAGGUGUGUGUAGGCCAAACCUGUAGGCACUCUACCUUGGGAUUGAAACAGUGGUGAAGGGGCAGUGUAAUGAGAAGGUCCAACCGCAGCAACUGGGUUGCAGAGAUUUUCAGCUGUGAUAGUUCUCAUUGAUAUUGAUAGUGUUUAUGCAGCUAUUGAAAAUUGUACGAUUAAAAAUAAAAAUUAAAACCAUUGUCCUGUCGGACACAAUAAUUAAAAAUAGUAAAUUAAAGCAAAACAAUUUACCGUCACCCCCCUAUCGUUACAAGACCUUUGCUCAAGUUCUUCCAUUGAAAUCACUGAGGCAUCAGAUCCAGCACCAGAUUUAAUCUGGUACCGGCAACAUCAGGCAAAGAAUAAAUGCAUAAAUUAGAAGUUCAUGUUACAAGGAUAAUGCAAUAUUUCUGCCGGACCUCAAUCUACAUAUUGAUUGGGCAAACUAAAUGAGCAGUAAUAGUUUAGUUUUAGUUUAAAGAUAUAGCUUUGAAACGGGCCCUUCAGCCCACCGAGUCCAUGCCGACCAGUGAUCACUGCACACUAGCACUAUUCUACAGAUUAGGGACAAUUUACAAUUUUUACAAAUUAACCUACAAACCUGUAUAUUUUUGGAGUGUGUGGGUGGAAACCAGAGCACCCGGAGAAAGCCCAUGCGGCCAUGGAAAGAACGUACAAACUCCAUACAGAUAGCACCCUUAAGGCCCUGUCCCACUUUCACGACCUAAUUCAUGACCUCUGCCGAGUUUGCCCUUGACAUACUCGAAGCAUGGUCAUCACAAAGUCGUAGGAGGUCGUAGGUAGGUCGUGAUUGCAGUCGUAGGUACUCGUGGCAUCAAGCAGGUCGGGGCGUUUUUCUAGCCUGAUGAAAAAUGUCCACGAGUAAAAAAGGGCGUGAAUUAGGUCGUGAAAGUGGGACAGGCCCAUUAGUUGGGAUCAAACCCGGGUCUCUGGCUGUAAGGCAGCAACUCUACUGCUGUGCCACCAUGCCGCCCUUGCUGAGUUCCUCCAAGUACUUUGUGCUUUGCUCAAAAUUCCAAUGGUGUUGAGGCAGAACACCUGGAAUGGAUAAGAGAUGAAGACACAAGAUGGACAUCUUGAGUUAAAAACAAACUACUGGAGGAAAUCAGUGGGUCAGGCAGCAUCUGUGGAGGGAAAUGAACGGUUGACUUUUGGGGUCAUCAGGUCAUAAGUGAUAGCAGAAUUUUUUCACCCCGGAACUAUUACCC